CACUUUCCAGUAGAAGAUUCUCUCCUGCUGCAGUAAGGAGCUGAGGCUGCUUGCUCCUCCAUGGCUGGAAACGACCUGAAGAGAAAACCAUUUAAGAUGAUAGAAAUUGUAGGCAAAAAUCUCCUCACUGGUUUUUUGGAAAAUUUGGUACAAAAUGAUGUGGUGAAACUUGAGGAAGAGGACAAGGAAAAAUUUAGCAAUGCUGAGUGGAGAGAUAAACGCUGGGUCUUUGUGGAUGCUUUGCAGCGGAACCCUGAAAUGGCACGCCAACUGCUAACGGGAAAGGUCCUUGAUGUGAAGCCAAAGAGCAAUGUCAAUGCUCAUCCUAUAACUGAGAGUGGACCAGCUGAGUCAGCAGAAUACACUGAGAGCCUCAAGCUUUGUUCCCGUGAGGAGUUCCUGAGGCGCAGUACAGAAAUGGCUGAUGAGAUCUAUCCAAUCAAGGAAAAAACUGAUCGCACACGUCUGGCUCUCAUUAUAUGUAAUACAAAGUAUGACCACCUUUCUCUGAGGUAUGGUGCUGACUGUGACAUCAGAGGAAUGCAGGGGCUGCUAGAAGACCUGAGCUACACUGUGUCUGUAGAAGAGAACCUGUCAGCCAAGGAAAUGGAGUCAGUAUUGAGAACUUUUGCUGACCGCCCAGAGCACAGCUCCUCAGACAGCACUUUCUUGGUGCUUAUGUCUCAUGGCACUCCAAAUGGAAUCUGUGGAAUUACGCAUAGUGAUGAAAUCCCAGAUGUGUUAUCUUAUGACACCAUCUAUCAGAUCUUCAACAACUGCAACUGCCGUGGUCUAAGAGACAAACCCAAGGUGAUCAUCGUGCAGGCCUGCAGAGGUGGACACCGUGGAGGAGUGUGGGUCAGAGAUUCACCAGCAGCCCUGGAAGACUGCUCUUCUGUGUCACAGAAGAUGGAGGAAGAUGCUGUUUUCCUGAAACACAAGGAGAAGGACUUCAUUGUGUUUUUCUCUUCAACCCCAAAUAACAUGUCCUAUAGAGACCCCAUGAAUGGCUCCCCGUUCAUCACUGAACUUAUCAAAUGCUUCAAAAAAUACUCCUGCUCCUGUCACCUAGUGCAAAUAUUUCGAAAGGUCCAACGAUCAUUUGAAGACCCAACUACUGUAACCCAGUUGCCAUCUAUUGAACGAAUAACCCUAACAAGAGAUUUCUAUCUAUUUCCUGGCAACUGAAAUUAAACCUCGGCAUCACAGUCUUCCAUAAAGAAUUGCCUUUGCCAAUACAGCACAAGUAUUUAACAUUCAGAAACUUGCAGUUAUUCCCUUGCCCAAAAAUUAUGGCUUAAACUCAGAGUCUUGUUCUUGCUACUCAAGCUUCUACCAACUGAUUUGCACCCCAGUCUAGUACUUAUUCCUUCCUGUUGUAAAUAAAAAAG